AAUCCUUGAACCAGCCGAAAGAGGCUGCUUUUCCACGCUCUCGUCUCGUCUCUCUCUAUCUUCAACGGCUUUCUUUAUGCUACGAACUGAACUCCACACUCACCAUGUCCAAACCCUAAUUUCGUCGGACUUCCUUGGAGAAUGGUUCUCUAGACAAUUAUUUAUUCCGAUCCUAUGCGUCUCUUGUGAAGCAGGAGUAAUUUGGAGGCAGCAAUGUCUGAGCUCGAUCCAUCAAAGAAAGUAGCCGAUAGAUAUCUAAAGCGCGAGGUUCUCGGGGAGGGUACCUAUGGUGUUGUAUUUAAAGCCAUUGAUACUCAGACUGGUCAGACGGUUGCAAUCAAGAAAAUUCGGCUUGGGAAACAAAAAGAGGGAGUAAAUUUUACAGCUCUUCGAGAAAUCAAGCUGCUAAAAGAGCUCAAGGAUCCAAAUAUAAUUGAGUUAAUUGAUGCAUUUCCUCACAAAGGAAAUUUGCAUCUUGUAUUUGAAUUUAUGGAGACGGACCUCGAAGCUGUGAUACGUGAUCGGAACAUAUUUCUUUCCCCAGCUGACAUAAAAUCAUACCUUCAGAUGACGCUGAAAGGCCUUGCUUUUUGCCACAAAAAAUGGGUUUUACAUAGGGAUAUGAAGCCAAAUAAUUUGUUGAUAGGAUCAAAUGGUCAACUGAAACUUGCAGAUUUUGGUUUGGCUCGGAUAUUUGGGAGCCCAGAUCGCAGAUUUACUCACCAGGUUUUUGCUCGAUGGUACAGAGCACCUGAGCUAUUGUUUGGCACUAAGCAAUAUGGUUCUGCAGUGGAUGUAUGGGCUGCAGCUUGUAUUUUUGCUGAACUACUCCUCCGUCGGCCUUUUCUUCAGGGUUCGAGCGACAUUGAUCAAUUAGGGAAGAUCUUUGCAGCUUUUGGAACUCCUACCCCUUCUCAGUGGCCUGAUAUGCUGUAUCUGCCUGAUUAUGUGGAGUUCCAAUAUGUUCCUGCACCUCCUCUUCGAUCAUUGUUCCCUAUAGCUAGUGAUGACACACUGGAUCUCCUAUCGAAGAUGUUUGCUUAUGAUCCGAAAUCUAGGAUUUCCAUUCAGCAAGCAUUGGAGCACAGGUACUUCACAUCUGCACCGCUCCCCACAGAUCCUAGUAAGCUUCCAAGGCCUACUUCGAAGCGUGAACCUGUGAACUCUAGAGUCUCGGACUUAAAUUCAAAUGAGGGUCCCAUUGUCCUCUCACCCCCAAGGAAGUCAAGAAGAGUAAUGCCAGAGCGUGAGGGUUUUGAAGGAAAUGCACAUAGAAUUGAUAAGCAUGAUGACCAUGUUAAUGAGUUGCGAGAGGUAGCUGCUGAAAACACAAGCAAGAAUGAACCAGUGCCAAUGUCAUUAGAUUUUUCUAUUUUUGGUGGAAAACCUCCAAAUAGACCAACAAUCAACAGUGCUGAUAGAUCACAUCUGAAAAGGAAAUUAGAUCUUGAAUUCCAGCAAUAAGAAGAUUCUAUAUCAGUGUACUGCAAGAUGAAUUCGGCCUUUCAAUUGAAUGCUGGCCUGCAUUUAUGAGGGCAAAUUAUGGAGCUACUUCCAAGACUGGCCGGAUAAAUUACCUUUCACCCUCUACUCCUCGAGUGACUGCCAAGUUAUACCAGUGUUUCAUUAUGUAAUUUUCACAUAUAGAGCUAAUUUAAGUUGAUUCAUUUGAUACCAUUUGUGCUACAAUUCGGUUUUGGAAGUGUAACACUCUUACAGCUCUAUUCGGUACACAGUAACAAAAUGAAAUAAAAAUUAUACAUUGUGCAAAGA